AUGGGCCACAUCGUCUUCUUCUCCCGCCACCCCAAGAUCCUCAACAUUGCCGUCGAGUCCUUCAAGGCCCUGCUCCAGCUGUGCGGCUGGGUCGGGCUGAGCCAGAGCAUCAUUCACUCCAGGGACUUCAAGAUCUACCUUGAGCCGUACGAUCAGGUGCCCCAAGCCCCAGCCCGAUGCCCUCUCAAAAGGACAAGACCGGAUGAAGAUCAAGAGAAAGUUGUAAAACCUCCUGGGCAGCUCCUGGGCAGCUUCACGGGCCCCAAGUCUGUCCCAGCAGAGCUGCAAGAAGCUUUCCCCGGCGGUAGGUUCCGGCUGUUCAGUGCCGUCAAGAUCAAGGACCAGCCCUCGGAAGCCAAACAAUUGCUCCCCCCUCCCGAAUAG